CGCCAUGCGGGGGGUGUCAAUUGAAGGGGAGGAAAAAAAAAAACGACUGAAGGGAGUUACCUCAGCGCUUUCCGAGAUAUGAGACCGGGCCAUUUUCCAGUCGGUCCCCGUUUCUAUUAAAGAAGAAAAUCAAGAAAAUCACUGGGGAAAGAAAGAGAGAAACACAGCCACAUUUGGAGAGGCCACCCGGAAGACGGCAUAUAGCGGCUUUCUGCUCGCGGAUCAGUCGGGAUCUGCGGUGCAUGCACAGCAUUUCCCCUCCUCGUGCGCGCGCGCGUGAGUGUCUGUUUACAAGUGUUUGAACGUGUGUCAGAAACGAGGGAAGAAGGAGGAUAAAGCCAAGGAAGGAAGGAGGGAUGGUGGACAACUCAAGCAGCAGUAAGGCACAAAUGCCAAGCAUGUCUCAGGAGCCUGGUGUGGCCUUUCCUCAGAGCACCUCUACAGGGGGGAUGAAGCUGGAGGCAGUGAUGGAACAGCUCCAGCGCCAACAGCAGGCCCGACUGGAAAUGGAGCGCAAGGAGAGGAAGCUGCGAGAGGCCCACAUCAUGUAUGCUCAGCAGGUUGCAGCCCAGCAGGCUAUCCUGGCAGCUGCCAGGGCCUCUGGGGCCAGCUUCAUGGGCAAAAGCCUGGCUGGAGGUGUCCCUGGUGGUGGUUUGCCUCCCCGGGUUUCCAAUCAGAGCAGUGUGGACUCGGAAAGAGAGGAUGACGAGGACAGAGGCCGGGAUUCUGGGGAUGAGGAUGACGACAAUGAGAUGAUGGAGGGAGAUGAGGGGAGUGAUGAGGAUGAGGGAAGGGCCAGUGGUCUGGAGUUUCUCCGCAAGCAGACCCUUGCUUUGCAGCAGAACGCCUCCCGCAUCCCGGCCCGUCCAUUUGGCAGUUACUCCGCUUCGGCCCCCCAGAGGGCUGCAUCACCACCUAUCAGAGUGAAGCAGGAACCUGACGAGGGCUUGUCUCCUGCGGGGCCUCACUCUGCAACCUCUCCUAACGGACAGGCGGACUGGGGCUUUGAAGAUCACUUCAGACAGAACGGGAAUGCAGGCUGGGCGGAUGAGGCUGACAGUAGCAGAGGGAGAGGAGAGGCCUCCAGAGACUUUGCUAAGUUGUAUGAGCUGGACAGUGACCCCAAAAGGAAGGAGUUUUUGGAUGACCUCUUCACCUUCAUGCAGAAAAGAGGAACCCCUGUCAAUCGCAUUCCCAUCAUGGCCAAGCAGGUCCUGGAUCUGUACAUGUUGUACAAGCUGGUGACAGAAAAGGGAGGCCUGGUGGAGGUCAUCAACAAGAAGAUCUGGAGAGAAAUCACAAAGGGACUUAACCUGCCCACCUCUAUCACCAGUGCAGCGUUCACACUGCGCACACAGUACAUGAAAUACCUGUACCCCUAUGAGUGUGAGAGGAAAGGCCUCAGCUCCCCGGGUGAGCUCCAGGCUGCCAUCGACAGUAACCGACGCGAGGGUCGUCGUCCGAGCUACAGCAGCAGCCUCUUCCGCUUCUCUCCUUCUCCCAGCACAGCCCCCCAUAUCCUCUCACCUCCCAAGAUGCACCUUUCAGCUCUGGGGGCCGGGACCUCAGGGGCCCUCAAUGGCCUUCAGGCCUCACCAGGACCCUCUCUGAAGAAAGAUGACCUGACCCCUUCCAUCAUGGCAGCAAGGCCCUCCAUGGCACUGACCCUGGGUCAGCAGCAGGUUGCUGGUUUGGCAAGAGCCGCCACACUGGAGCAGCUGAGAGAAAAGCUGGAGACUGGCGGGGGAGGAGAGGGGCCUGAGAGGAAGAUGGCCCGCCUGGCAGAAGAGCAGCAGCGCCUGAUGCAGCAGGCUUUCCAGCACAACCUGCUGGCUAUGGCUUCCCACAUGCCUAUGAACCUGCGCCUGGGGGCCCCCGCCAUCACCACCAGAGAUGAGAAGCAGCAGGACAUGUCUCUGAGCAUCUCAACUAAUGGAAAUGCCAGCAUCACUGUCUCAGUGGAGGUUAAUGGCACAAUCUACUCAGGAACCCUGUUUGCCCACAAAUCUGGUGGAGCCCCAGGGCCUGCUGUGUCGGCGGCUGCUGCUUCAGCUUCCCCCGCUGGAACCAGCACUAGCUUUGGCUUCUCUGCACCCCCGGCUCAGACCCUCAGCCCCACGUCAUCCUCCUCCUCCAAGGGUCCUGGCUCGGCUGAGCCGGCCCCCAGCGGGUCACCCUAACUCGAGCUGCCCUUUGUACCUGUUCCCCAGGCCUCUCUUCCACCGGGAGACCCCGCAUGAAUAUACAGUACAAUGAGAAACCGAUAAGAAUAACAAACUGUUGCACAACAAAUACCUCAUCAACCCUGUCAACCUCUUGGCUGUCCGAUCAUGAACACAGAACCCGAGAAUAUUAUAUGACAUCACGUGCCCAAAUGCACAGCUAUGCAUUUUAUUCAACAUACAAACACACAUGCACACACUACAUUACAAACACAAUCAUAUGUACACAAACACACAACCUACACACACUUGUUAAUUCUAAUGUACAUGCUAAACACAAUCAGCUCAGCCAAAACCCACUGACAGGUGUAGUCACAACUGAACUUGAAAAGUUUUAUCUUAGAACAUUUUGUUUGUUUGUUGCCAUUUUGUUGUCUUUUUGAUUUUGUGUUUUAGAAUGAUUUUGUUUUUAGUUUUUUCUCUUUUUACAUACCUCAAAUCAAGUAACCUGCAGUGGUGUCUUUACCUCAGGAGCUGUAGUAUAUUUAACCUGAAUCAAUUUUAUUUUUGUAUUCUUUUUGACCUAGUUGCAAUCAGGGGAAGUCGGGUAACUCAUCAGUGGAACCUUGUGUACAGAGCACCCCCCUCACAGUGACAGGCCUCCAACCCAGGCUGCUCAGGUUUCUUCUACAUGCUGUAGCCCCUUGCUGAACUCAAACUGGUGAAUGAUGAGAUGCUGUGGAUCAGCACAAUAAAUACCUCAUUUCAUAACUCAGCCCUCAGUUCAGAUUACUUGAAGCCCAUUAUAGAAAGGCUGGAAAUACAAACCCAAAAUUCAACCUCUCGCGGGUCCGCACAAGCUGUCUAAACAAAUAGCGCACAAAGCUGGGGCAGCAGCAACUCUUAUCUACCUACAACAAGCCUAGCAGACCUUGAGCUCAUUUCUCCACUUGGCUCCUAUCUAUGUUACAGAACGACAGUACUGAGGCAUUCUUCAUUCUGCUAGAGAAACAGGUUUGAGUUUCUUUUCCCUCUUUUUGUUUGUGCAUUCUUCCUCCAGCUGCGGCCACAGAGCUGAAUGUCAGUCUGACGUCGUCAUCGUCGACGACGCAUAGAACUCAAACCCCAUACCGGCCUCUCUGCUCUGGGGGGGCGUCUCUCUCAGGAAGCAAUGUGACAGCUGCAAGGAAUCACUGUUAAUUUAAAGGAGAAAAAAAAAAAAGAAAUCAUACCUGAAGAAUGCACGAGUCUACAUGACUGUUUCAAGAAUACCUCAUCAGACUCUCUCAAAAAGAGAGUCACAUUACAUACCUCAUACGGCUGCAAAGCCAUCAAGACUUGACACCCCAACCCAUGAUGGAAAUCGUACCUGAACCAGAACUGACAUAAACGUACAGACACACUGCUGGUGGUUUUGGGGACAAACAGAACUGGGAUGGGCCUGCUAUCUCUCUCCUCUUGUAUUUACUUGUAGGACUUGUUUUAUGCUUGCUUCUGUUUUGUUUUGUUUUUUCUUUUCUUAUUUGUUCCUCAUGUUGUUGUCUGAGAAGAGUGAUAUAUCUGCUUCUUUUUCAGGGAAGAGGAACAGACUAGUUAGUUCCUCACUGAAACGUGUAGAUUUUGUAGGAAUGUUAACAGGUUUCAAGGUCGCAGGGGGUAAAUUUAACUGCAAACUUCUAAAUCGCAGUUAACGUCUUCUUUCACGACAGCGGCAAAAUGAUAUGCAUGUGUACAAUCAUGUGGCCAGUGUUUUAACAUCCUAAUCCUCUGGUUCACAUUAGACUCUGGUUAUUGCACAGCUAGAUACCAAAGACUAGCCCAGUCGCUCCUCGAAAAUGAUCCUUCAUACUAUCCUGCUCACACCUGCAGUGGUGCACAGCAAGGCGGUUCAAGGUCUAUUUUGGACUGGAAUAAUGCUGCAUCUAAUCUCACUUAAUGUGAUUUGGAGUUUUUUUCCUAAAGCAAGUAAAAAUACCUUUAUGGCGACGUGAGGUAAAUUCCUUUGUUUCACAUUUUGUGGCAUGACUGGAUUAUUGGAAAGUUAAAAUGGAAAUAAGUCAAUUUAAAACUGGAUUGAAAGUCUCAAAAUCGAAAUUCGUGACAUUUGCAGAGGGUCAUUUUUGUAGGCUAUUAGCAGAUAUUUAAGUGUCAUUAUCCAGAACAGUAAUCCAGAUGCUGUUGCUUGUCCAAACUGUCUCCUUAAUUUAAUCCCACCCAAUGUGGACGCAGUCCUUCUCAGCCAAUGUGGACAGAGACCCACAAGCCUAAUAAUUAAAAGACCCCGUUCCUGAUAAUCCAAAAACAGAUGGAUUAUCCCUUUAAUUGUAAGGUAUUUUUCUCCCUUUAAAAUAAAUUCUUAGCAUCAGCACAUCGCUAUCUGUUUUGAACGUGAGACAUUUUAACUGUUUAGAAAACCUCUUUAAGCCCAGUGUGAUCUGAGGUGGGCUGCCUUGUUGCUUUUAUUAGACCGUAUUUUAGCCAUCACGUGUCAGGUUUUGCAGACAUUUUGCAGUGCAGAUCACAGCCGAGGGUUUGAGGGGUUUGAGGAUGGUGCUGUUGGUCCUUUUGGUGUACCCUCCAGAACCCUGUGUGACACAUAACUGUAUUUUAUAAAGGUGAGAAUUGUAGAUGCUGCCUUAAAAGUAGUUGCUGGUGAGAUCCAGCCAGUGGAGGUUUCACUACUCUGCUGGCUGGGAAAUUGUCUCUCUUUGAGCUUAAUCCUUUGGAGAGUAAUCACUUUUUUGGGGGGGAAACAAUUCAAUCAGACGUUAGACACCAAUUGUCAAAGGAGAG